GAGUCAGAGGCCGUUUUUCUGGGGUGGAGUUGGGCUCAGGAAGGAUGCGGGGUGGUUCCAACUGAGAGUCUGAAUCUGGGGACCGACCAGGCUCUGGGUGAAAGCCAGAGCAAACCUGUCCUCUUGUGUGCCUCGGUCGGGACAGAGGCCCCCCAGAUAGACCUGCUUCAGGGCUGGGGGUGGGGUGGCGGGUGGCGGCCACCGAUAUUCCAGAGCUGCCCACAGCCUUCCUCUCGUCCCCGAUUGCCUAAGGGGAUCCCUGUGACAGGAAGCUGUCCAGGAAGCCUCUGCCCAUUUAGAAGCGGGAGGGGAAGAGGGAGUGGGCACAAGGGAAGGACAAAAGUCUCUUUAACUGUGGAGAGGGGCAGUGGGGGUGACCCCCCUCUCCUCUCGCCUUGACAGAAAGCAUGGCACUUUGGCGGGCAUACCAGCGGGCUCUGACUGCUCACCCGUGGAAAGUACAGGUCCUGACAGCUGGGUCUCUGAUGGGCCUGGGUGAUGUUAUCUCACAGCAGCUGGUGGAGAGGCGAGGUCUGCAGGCACACAAGACUGGCCGGACCCUGACCAUGGUCUCCGUGGGCUGUGGCUUUGUGGGCCCUGUAGUAGGAGGCUGGUACAAGGUUUUGGACCGGCUCAUCCCUGGCACCACCAAGGUGGAUGCACUAAAGAAGAUGCUGUUGGAUCAGGGGGGCUUUGCCCCAUGUUUUCUGGGCUGUUUCCUCUCACUGGUAGGGACACUCAAUGGACUGUCAGCCCAGGACAAUUGGGCCAAACUCCAGCAGGAUUAUCCUGAUGCUCUCAUCACCAACUACUAUCUCUGGCCUGCUGUGCAGUUAGCCAACUUCUACCUGGUCCCUCUUCAUUACAGGUUGGCUGUCGUCCAGUGUGUUGCUGUUAUCUGGAACUCCUACCUGUCCUGGAAGGCGCAUCGGCUCUAAGUCUGCCUCACUCCAUCAUUUCAAGCUUGCACUGAUGCAGCUUGACCCUGGAAGGGUCAAACCACCUCCUCAAAGUGGGCACAUUGGUUUUCACAGGGUUUGGUGGCUGGUCAGAACUUAAUGGGGUUAGCACUCUGAAGUGGCCUGUUUCACUCUAAAAUGUAACCUGACUCCUACUGAAAUCACUAAAACCUUUAUAAUGGUCUUAUACCCACCACAUAGUAGGCACUCCAUAAAUACUUGUUGAACCAUAUGAUUUUGUCACCUUCAGUUUACACUCAUAUCCUGGCAAGUACCACUCAUCCCCACUCUUCAUAGACACAUCUGGUUUUCUAACCCUUCCCAGCCCUAGUCUAGCUCCAAUUUUGGGGGAGCCCCUCAAGCUCUUUGUAUGGUGCCUCCAUAAAUAUAUUUCUAAAUAGGUAAAAUCUGGAACUUGCAGAGGCAAUGAGUAAGACCCAGCAGAAACCGACUGCGGAGUCCCGUUUUCUAGAGUUUGGAGAGAGCCUGGAGAUGACUAAGCCCAAUCUUUUACAGAUGAGGACACUGAGGUCCACAGAGGUGAGGUGCCCUGUCCACACCAUGAGUUACAGGCAGAGUAGAAACUUGAACCCACAUGCUAUAGUUUGAAUGUUUGUAUACUCCCCAAUUUAUAUGAUGAAAACCUGAUGCCCAAGGUGAUGGUAUUAGGAGGUGGGGCCUUUGGGAAGUGAUUAGGUCAUGAGGGCAGAGUGCUCAUGGGAUCAGUACACUCACAAAAGAGGCCAUGUGAUGAGACAGCAAGAGGCGCCAUCUGUGAGCCAGAAAGCAGGUCCUCACCAGACACCAAACCUACUGGCACCCUGGUCUUGGACUUCCCAGCCUCCACAACUGUGAGAAAUAAAUGUCUUGUUUAUAAACCA